CUGCAGAAGAUGAAGUUGAGGCAAAAAAGCAAUUCCAACUGUUUUGCCUGCACGCCUUUGUUCAAUCCGAAGAAUCAGCAGUUGCGAGUUCUCUCCUGGAUGCCUUUGAACAAGGAGAUCAAGAACUUCUAGAGAAAACUGUACACAGGCAAAUCAUCACUUUUUUAGAUAACGACAUCGUCAAGCUAGCUAGGGGAUUGCAAGUUCCUGGCGGGAUAAGUCAUAUGCCGCCUCAAAGAUUCCCAUCCGAGGAAUUAGGUCUUAAGAAUGAUAAUAAUGUGGUAUACGCUUACGAUCAACAACAAAGCAUCUCUAAUAGCUCAUAUGGUCAAGAAAAAAACAAUUAUGUUAGUGAUGACGUAAACUCGCCUAAGCAGUUGCCACCUGAAUUUAAUGAAAAUCGCCACGAAGAGCAUGAUAACGGGCGAGAGAAAUUGGAUAGCAUAUAUGACGAUUACGUCUCGUCAUAUCUUAAUGAGAAUGAUGAUGAAUUACGCUCACCAGAGCGUCACCCUGAAUCAUCUGUUCCUGAUAGUCUCACCCCGAGUAAUGUUGAACAGGAGGAAGAUGCGGAUGAAAGUCUUUGCUAG